CAAGGUUAACCUGUUCAGGAGAAGUAAUACCUGUAUGAAGACCGAGGAUGAGAAGAAAGGGAAGGAGAUCCAAUAUGAAGACCCCCCAGACGGUGGCUGGGGCUGGAUGGUCGUACUUCACUGCUUCCUGGUGAAUGUGCUGGUGAUGGGGACCCUAAAAAGCUUUGGGAUCUUCUUCGUGGCGUUCCAGGAUGAGUUCGGAGGGUCAGCAGAGAGUAUCAGCUGGAUCGGCUCCAUCAUGUCUAGCCUGCGGCUCUCAGGAGGUCCCUUGGCCUCUGUAGCUUGUGCGAAGUUGGGUAACAGAGUGACCUCUAUAGCCGGGGCUGUGCUGGUCAGUGUUGGCUUCCUCCUGAGUAUCUUUGCCACCAGCGUGGUAUUCCUAUAUAUCAGCAUGGGGCUGAUUGUAGGCCUUGGUUUUGCGCUCCUGUACCAAGCCACCUCAGUUGUCACGGCAACAUAUUUCCGUAAGAGGUUAGCGACGGCAUACUCCAUCGGAAGGUCUGGGAUGGGCUUGACCUUCGCCCUCGCCCCCUUCACUCAGCUGCUGCUGGAAAAGUAUGCCUGGCAAGGAGCUCUGUUGAUCCUGGGAGGCCUGAUGUUGAACCUGGUGGCCUCUGGGAUGCUGCUAAGACCCAUCCACGUGAAGCCUGCACCACCCCCUUCCUCAUGCUCAUCGUCAUUCAUCCAAAAAAGCCCUCUGAUAGGUCCAGAGAAGGAAAAGAACUGCCCUCAGAAUGGAUGCUGCCUUAACGGAUCCACGCCGUUAACCAAUGGCAUCGCCAAAUCAGACUCUUCCCGUUCCAUUCCUCCACCCCUCCACUGGGACGCUGAGACCCAAGAGAAGGCCACGACCCAUGGGCUGGGUCAGAGCAACCACAGCCACCCACCUCCACCAAACCCUGAACUGACCAAAUGUGUCCAGAACAGACAGGUGAACGGGAACGUUCAGGAUCAGUCCCCCACCACGCCAGUCACAGACACCCCCAGUCCUGUGGAACAGAACGGUACCAUUAGCAUAAACGGUUCCGCUGUGGUUGGGUUCUCCUCGCCGAACGGCACCACCACCGUGGACGACCCUAUCCCACCGUUGGUGAAAAACCGAGUCCUGGACUUCUCCCUGUUAAAGAACCCCUUCUUCUGCAUCUAUACCUGGUCCCUGGUGUUUAGCCAGCUGGCUUACUUCAUCCCUUACUUCCACCUGUCUGCCCGGGCCAGGAACCUGGGUAUCGACGCCAUGGAUGCUUCCUUCAUCAUCUCUGUGGCAGGUAUCACAGAGACUAUAGCCCAGCUAGGCUCUGGUUGGCUAGCGGAUAAGAACCUGUUCCAUAAGUACCACUACCACAAGGCCUACCUGAUCCUGUGUGGAGUGGUCAACCUGUUUGCCCCGCUGGCUAACACCUACAUCCUGCUCAUGGUUUACGCUGUCUUCUUUGCCAUCUUCUGCGGCGGCUACAUGGCACUGCUACUGCCUGUCCUGGUGGACCUGGUAGGACAAGAGAAACUCAACAACUCCAUGGGAUUCUCUAUGUUCUUCGUAGGCCUCGGCUGUCUGACAGGACCUCCUCUCGCAGGUUUCCUGUAUGACUACACCCAGACCUACGACUGCUCCUUCUACCUGGCGGGGGGGUGUUACCUGCUGUCCUCUUUGUCUCUCUUCCUGGAGCCCGUGGCGAGGAGGUGGCAGAGCAGGAGGAAGAGACGCGAGGCCCGGAACGCAGACACCAACUGGAAAACCAACGGUUGCUUCUGCCCCGAACCAGAGCUCCCUGUCCUGAAGAACAACAACGGCGUUGUCUAGAUGGUGGUUUCACCACAGCUUUCACAUUUGGUUCCUUGGAAUGUUCUGAGAAUAUUGUAUGCAAAAAUAACCAUAGGGCAAUCACCAUGCCUUAACAAUCACUACGGUCCUUAGAACGAUUUGAUCUAGCUGGGACAUUAUCGGACUCCCCAACUCUACUUCAUCAAGCCUGGAAUCAAGGCUAUCUAGAUGGAGGGAGGGCAGGGUUGGCUUCCUGCUCUUAAUAAAUGCUAGACGCUUGACGAUUAUCCAAAGUGACUUAUAGUACAGUGAGUACAGACAUUUUUAGUAUUUGGGAUCCUAGCUGCAAUCGAACCCGCGACCUAUGCUAGAGCCAUUGCUCUUAUUAACUGAGCCACACAGAACUGUGUAAGAGGGAAGAAGGGCAGAGUUGGCUGCUUCCACCCUUUCUCUCACUCUCCUUAAUAAAACAAGCAUGGACCUCCAUGUGCCGACUGUGCCAGUUGGACCUAAGUUACCCAGCUUUUGGAUGGGCUGAAAUGACCGUGCCCCUUUGGAGAAAGCCAAGGAAUACCCAACUGACUGACUGGCUGACUGGCUGGAUGGCUGGCUAACAGACUGACUGAAUAGCUGACUGUCUGGAUGGCUGGCUAACAGACUGACUGAAUAGCUGACUGCCUGGAUGGUUUGCUAACAGGCUGACUGGCUAGCUGACUGACGGACUGAGGAGAUGAUGACCACAGCUAUAUGAAUAGUCUAAUAAUGGUUGUGGAUUGGUUGUGAAGACGUUCAUUCAGUCCAUAAAGAGAGACAGAAAACAGAUAAUCCUGUUUUGUAACUUUGAAAAUAAACCAAAUUUACACUUAUUCUGCUAGGCCAUAUAUGUUAUCCCUCAUGUUCUCGUGGAAUCGCCUGACGCCUGCGACACAAAUCUCAUUGUAGUGUCGACUAAUGUGGCUGGAACACUUUUCUUUCGGUAUGAGGAGGAAUUGAACAAGGCAACAACCUGACACAAAACAGUCACUGUAGUCUCUACAAUCACAUCCAUAUGAAUCAGAAACCAUACACCCCUGUGUGUCAUACAGUACACCAUGAAUAUGAAGUACACCAUGAAUAUGAAGUACACCAUGGAGGAGUCUUGGGAUGCGUCCCAAUUGGUACCAUAUUCCCUAUAUAGUUUACUACUUUUGAGCAGGGCUCCCAUAGGGCUCCCAUACAGCUCCCAUAGGUCUCCCAUACAGCUUCCAUAGGGCUCCCAUACAGCUCCCAUAGGGCUCCCAUAAGGCUCCCAUACAGCUCCCAUACAGCUCCCAUAGGGCUCCCAUACAGCUUCCAUAGGUCUCCCAUACAGCUUCCAUAGGGCUCCCAUACAGCUCCCAUAGGGCUCCCAUACAGCUCCCAUAGGGCUCCCAUACAGCUUCCAUACAGCUCCCAUAGGGCUCCCAUAAGGCUCCCAUACAGCUCCCAUACAGCUCCCAUAGGGCUCCCAUACAGCUUCCAUAGGGCUCCCAUACAGCUUCCAUAGGUCUCCCAUACAGCUUCCAUAGGGCUCCCAUAUAGCUCCCAUAGGGCUCCCAUACAGCUUCCAUACAGCUCCCAUAGGUCUCCCAUACACCUCCCAUACAGCUCCCAUAGGUCUCCCAUACGGCUCCCAUAAGGCGCCCUUACAGCUCCCAUAGGGCUCCCAUACAGCUCCCAUACAGUUCCCAUACAGCUCCCAUAGGGCUCCCAUACAGCUCCCAUAGGUCUCCCAUACACCUCCCAUACAGCUUCCAUAGGGCUCCCAUACAGCUCCCAUAAGGCGCCCUUACAGCUCCCAUACAGUUCCCAUACAGCUCCCACAGCUUCCAUAGGGCUCCCAUAAGGCUCCAGUCAAAAGUAGUUUACUGAAUAGGGAAUAUAGCACGCAGUCCUAUUCAACAAAUGUCUCGGUAUACCUCUAUAUUUAUCCCUGUACAUGGAAACAUUUUGAGAUUGUUGUUUGUUUAAGGUAUAGGUUACAUACCAUAUAGAUUAUAUACCAUAUACUGUAGAUUACACUGAGAGUACAAAACAUGAUCAACACUUGCUCUUUUCAUGACAUAGACUGACCAGGUGAAUCCAGGUGAAAGCUAUGAUCCCUUACUGAUGUCACUUGUAAUCAGUGUAGGUGAAGGGGAGGAGACAUGUUAAGGAAGGAUUUUUAAGCCUUGAGUCCUGGAUUGUGUGUGUGCCAUUCAGAGGGUAAAUGGGCAAGACUAAAUAUUGAAGUGCCUUUGAACGGGGUAUGGCAGUAGGUGCCAGGCGCACCGGUUUAUGUCAAGAACUACAACGCUGCUGGGUUUUUCACACUCAACACUGUCCCAUGUGUGUUAAGCACAGGAGGUUGGUGGCACCUUAAUUGGGGAGGACUGGUUCGUGGUAAUAGCUGGAGUGAAAUCAGUGGAAUAGUAUCAAAUACAUCAAACACAUGGUUUGAUGCCGUUCCAUUCGCUCCGUUCCAGACAUUAUUAUGAGCCGUCCUCCCCUCAGCAGCCUCCACUGGUAUCGAGAAUGGUCCACCACCCAGGUGGACAUCCAGCCAACUUCACACUGUGGGAAGCAUUGGCGUCAACAUGGGUCAGCAUCCCUGUGAAAUGCUUUUGACACCUUGUAGAGUCCAUGCCCUGACGAAUUGAGGCUGUUCUGAGGGCAAAAGGGGGAGGUGCAACUCCGUAUUAGGAAGGUAUUCCUAAUGUUUGUCCACUCAGUGUAUAUACCGUAUGGUAUACUGUACCAGUCAAAAGUUUGGACACACCUACUCAUUCAAGGGUUUUUCUUUAUUUUUUUACUAUUUUCUACAUUGUAGAAUAAUAGUGAAGACAUCAAAACUAUGAAAUAACACAUACUGGAUUGAAAUGUUGUGGAAACAACGUUGAUUCAAACAGUUUUGCCCAGUGGGAGAUGACUUUGUACACAGACCCUAAUUUAGGUUAGCCUGGCCCCAGAUCGGUUUGUGCUGUCUUGCCUGUUUGGCGUGCCAACCACACCAUAGACGUUGGCAAGGACCAAGCUACAUACAUGUAGGUAAAUGAAAUUGGAUGAAAAUACCUAGCUUUACUUCGUAUGUACUCGGUGGGCAGGGUACAUUGGGUUGGUGCUGCUUUACUGUGUAAACUACUGACCAAGUGCUUUUACAGACACUUUAUUUGCUUAGCCUGCGUGCCAUUCUGCUUGUGCUGUAUUGACAAUAAUGGAGCGACAAGGAGUUGGCAAUAGAGAACAAACAGAUUGGCACUCAGGCUAUUAUUGACUUAUUAUAGCCCAGAUAAUAUAUAUUCUUUAGAUGUUACUACCCCAAUGUACUGUAGCAGAACUGGUAAAAUGAGGAAAUGAAAUGCUGUUGUAGGCUACUUCAGUGUCACAACUCCAGGCAGACAGAAUGACAAUGCAAUCAAUGUAUAAUGCCAUUAUAUAUGGGAGUCUAGUCUAUCGGGUGUUUUUUCUUUUAAUGUUGUCAUUUUUUUCAAUGUUUUGUCAGUCUACUGGUUCACUGUUUAUCACCACUAUUUGCCUUUAUUAUAAAUAACAGUAUGUUUACUAACCCUUCUCUAUACUGUGAGCCAAAGACACAUCCAUAAUCUACACCUGAAACUCUCUCAGAAACACUAGGUUCAAAUGUAGUAAUGCAGUACUAGCUAGCUCAAUAUUAGCUCAACCUGUUUAAUACUAGCUCAACAUGUUUAAUACUAGCUCAACAUGUUGAAUACUAGUAAUACUAGCUCAACAUGUUGAAUACUAGUAAUACUAGCUCAACAUGUUUAAU